CCGAGAGAGAGAAACAGUCCUUAGCUCUGAGCCUUCCAGCUUCUCUCAUUGGCCAGAACGCGCUCUUCAAAUUCAACUCAGCAACUUCACCAAGAACCAACAAAUCAUCUCCGAUUUCGCCUAUCAAGUAUUUUCAGGAGGUUGGACAAUAAAACCUCAUAUUUUGUCUGAAUCUCAUCCUGGUAAAACAGGUAUAGAUCGACAUAGGCCAGACCGGGUAUAAAGAAAAACAAGAGAGGACUACACGAGGCCUUCUAUUUACUUUUCAUCAUUUUCGCCAACUUUGCCCUCCAGUCCAACUUUAGCAUGAUGUCGUAUCUAAAGCAACCACCUUACACGGUCAAUGGACUGAGCCUAACUACCUCCGGAAUGGACCUCCUGCAUCCAUCCGUGGGAUAUCCAGCUACGCCCCGUAAGCAAAGACGAGAGCGGACUACUUUCACCCGCGCUCAGCUAGAUGUUUUGGAGGCCCUCUUUGCUAAAACUCGCUACCCUGAUAUAUUCAUGCGCGAGGAAGUGGCCUUGAAGAUCAACCUGCCGGAGUCUCGCGUACAGGUCUGGUUUAAGAACCGGAGGGCGAAGUGCCGUCAGCAGCAACAGCAGCAGCAGAACGGGGGCCAGAACAAGGUUCGACCAGCCAAGAAGAAGAGUUCUCCAGCCAGAGAAGCGAGUUCAGAGAGUGGGGCGAGCGGCCAGUUCACACCCCCUUCUAGUACCUCAGUCCCUGCCAUCUCAACCAGCAGCGCACCGGUGUCAAUCUGGAGUCCCGCCUCUAUUUCUCCGCUGUCUGAUCCUCUCUCUACCUCCUCUUCCUGCAUGCAAAGAUCAUACCCGAUGACCUACACGCAAGCAUCAGGAUACAGCCAAGGCUACGCCGGAUCUACGUCUUACUUUGGCGGCAUGGACUGCGGGUCUUAUCUCACUCCCAUGCAUCACCAGUUAUCUGGGCCCGGCUCUACGCUCAGCCCCAUGAGUACCAACGCGGUCACAAGUCACCUCAAUCAGUCCCCAGCUUCCCUGUCUGCCCAAGGCUACGGAGCCUCGGGACUGGGAUUCAACUCCACCGCCGAAUGCUUGGAUUAUAAAGACCAAGCCGCAUCCUGGAAGCUGAACUUCAACGCUGAUUGCUUGGAUUAUAAAGACCAGACCUCGUCGUGGAAAUUCCAAGUUUUGUGAAACGGACAAAUAUCAGUGAAUUACAUUAACAAACAAAAAACCCGAUAAUAAAGCAAACAUGUAGUCCGGCCAUCCUUCAGUAGACACGUGCGUGAAAGACAGAACAUUCCAAGUUAGCCAGGUAGCCAUGGGAUUGCGAGGGGCGGUGUCGGUGGUGCCCUAUGUACACUGCACAGUGUGCCCCCACGUAAGGUGAGAGUAAUGAAAUCAGCACUGAUCAAGAACAUUUUCUUUCAAUUAACCUCACAGGCCGCAAACGGACAGUCUUCUCGUUUGUUUGUGUGUGUGUGUAAAUUUGCGUGUGCGCGUGUGUGCGAGCGUGUCCCUGUCUGCUUAAAACACCUGUUGGUUAAUUUAAGGAAAAUCUGGAGUGAACUCUUAUUAAGUUUGAUCAAAGCCACGGAACAAAUGGUUAUCCAAGAAAAAAUGAUAAAGCCAAUCCUUGGUUAAGUGCUUGGAAUGGGCAGGCUGUCCCUGAGCUCCUUAAAACUUGCCGACCCACUUCCUGGUUGGCAAACGGAUGGACCCUUUGAUCAGGACGGUGUGUGGACUGCGCGCCCCCGAGGCGAACUGGAUGCACUACUUUAUUUAAGAAAAAAUAAUGUUUAUAAGGAAUCAAUAUGUAGUUUUUAAGAGACAAUCAGUGUGUGUCUUAUAUAAAUGGUACAUAUGUGUUUUUUAUCUGUGCUAGCCUUCGAAACUGUGAUCUGUUGUAUUGUAUGCAAUUUGUGAGCUCCUUCGCACCAGCGGAGACUCUCUGCUGUGAUUUUAAUAGGUUUAUAACAUUUUUGGAAACGGAAAAAAGGUAUUGAUAAUGAUAAGAAUAAUAAUUACAAAUAGAUCCCUGACUGUCCAAACAUAAUACAGGAGAGUGUCGGUGUUUGGAGAAGAAACUUGAUUGCAAAAGCCUUUAUGCCCUUCCCGCCGCCCCUCUCCUCUGACCACGCGUUGAUCACCUGUCGUGGACCUUAACUUUCAUGAUGGUGUGAGCCGCCGUUGCAAAGAAACUGGACAAAAAUAAAGGUCGUUUGAUCUGA